AUGACGGCGGAUCAGGGGUAUGGACGCCAAUUUGGGCGGACGAGGGAGAAUCUGUCGACCUCGGCUCCCGGGCCCAAUGGCGAAGGCGAUGCCAGACCUGAGAAGGAGACAACGAGGAAACCAGCAAAGGACGAGAAGGUCGAGGUCACGCAAUCAUCACAAGUCUCACCACGACGGUACACCGACCCUUCACAUACAGCAUCCCCAGUGGCGGCGCCGCUCUCGCGGAACCCCUCCGAGACCUCAACAGCAUCAUCAAGUCCGGCCCCCGAAACCCGGAGAUCUCCUGCUUAUCAACCCCUCGAGCCCCCAGUUACCAAGACAAGUCUGAGCGAGCUCGAGGUCUCCAAAAUAAUCAACAACCCAAAGCUAAGGCACGAUAUCAAUUUUGACCCUGAGCUACACUUCAGACCCAAUGUGGAAGGCGACAAGGGGCGAAGGAAACACGACCGCGCGAGUGUUUUCUGGACGAAUCUGAAGGAACAACUUGUCGAGUUCAUUGUGGAUCGCCCAAGCUUUUAUGAAAAGUACGGAACGGGAGACGAUUGGUGCUUGCCAAAGCUUCUGAAGUCCGUCAAAGAAAUCAUUCAAACUUUGGUACCACAGCGGGACCGCCAGUUUCUGGAUGAGGGCCUCAACGUUGAUCUUUUGAUGCAACAAUUCCACAGAGGCAUUGCUGAUCUUGAGAAGCUCGCCUCGUGGCUCUCACGGGUCCUCAAGUCACACUGCGCACCCAUGCGGGACGACUGGGUCGACUCGAUGCACAAGCAACUCAGCAACGGAAACCGAAACAAUGACGUGGAUGAGCUUGUCAAUGGCAUGCGAAGUCUACUCAGCGUUCUUGAGGCGAUGAAGCUGGACGUUGCAAACCACCAGAUCCGCUGCCUUCGACCAGCUCUCAUCGAGGAGACGACAGCCUUUGAGCAAAAGUUCCUGAUGAAGAAGCUCCGAAACCGCAAGAUGGAUAUCGGCGAUGCGAAGCCUUGGUACCAGGAGGCAGCUCAGACGUACCCGGCUGGAGCUGGAUCCAUGUCGUCUCAUUUCGGCGAGAUGGGUGUCUUCUUUGAAGGACUCUCCCGAUCAAUGCUUCCUUCUGCCGGCGAGAAGCCGCUGCCAGGAACUUUCUUCUUCGACGAGGAUCGACUAGGCAGGGUUCGGUCCGACAUCCUUGACGCAAUCAACCUCGACGUGUGCAUGCGCAUGUUUGAUGAUCUUGAUCGGGUUGCACGAUGCAAUCUGGCCCCCGCCUUUGCCAGCCUUGGGUCAGAUGACGAUCUGCCCAUGUCCUCGAGCAAGGAUGGCCACGAGUUCAACUUCAACACUCCCCCCUCACUCUCGCGACCUGCAAGCGUUGCUCUUAGCUCGGCUGGUUCGGCUUCGUCAUCACCGCGAUCUUCCUUGGUUCUCCCUUCGUAUCUUGCAUUGGAUGCCAACGAGAGCAAGACCAAGGCUCGAAACGUCCGCGAGUCCCUGGUUGCUCUGCUCCAGCAGGCACCUCAUGAUGCCCACUACCAUGAGAAGUGGCGAACCAUGGCCCCCUCGCUGGCCCUCCAGAUCUUCCGAUUUACCAAGGCACCCAUGGAGAUGCUCCCUUCGUUCGAAGAUAAGCUGACAGAGAACGUUUGCAACAUGUCUUCUCCCAUGUAUCAAGAGAUGGAAGAGGCCUACCGCGGCCGACUCUUGACUGAGCUGGCUACUCGGGUCCGCUACUUCAAGGCACUCUCAGGCGUCUGCCUCUUCUCGAUUGCUACGGGCAACCGGGUACCAGUGAGCAGCCGCAGCCUCGACGCUGGACGAGACCGAGAACUGGAUGCGGCCAUCCGUAUGGGCCAGCAGGAGGGCGGCAUCGAGGAUAUCGCUACGCGUAUUGCUCAUGUCGGCGUUGUUCACUGGAGGAUCUGGGCCCGGAUGGCCUACAUUGACGAAGACGACAUGUCGAUGGACUAA